AUGGUUCUUGUCGUCUUCACAGUUGGUCACUGUCAGGAGAAUGAAAGCAGGCGAGCGGUAACGGAGCACCAGCUGAUGCAUGACCGUGGCAGGACCAUCCAGAGCCUGAAGAGACUCAUCUGGUUGUCCAGUGCCAUGGAGGGGCUCCACACCGCCCAGACCCGCUCCUCCUCCCUGCUGCCCCCCACCGCACUCAACCCCAUCCCGGGCUACACCUCGGACCUCUCCCCUGCCCUCAAACCACACUCUGCUGGCUCACAAUCUGGGGAGGCCAGCAACAACCACAAGGGGUCACUGGAGAGACUUAUGAAAAACUUCUUCAGCCCCAACCUCAUUGACCUCUCUGAGGGGGAACCAUAG